UAUUCUGCAAGAAUAAAAAAGAGAAAUCGCACAAUUAAUAAAAAGGUUUAAAAGUUUGCCAAAUUCAAGAUAGGUAAAACCUUUCCAAUUUCGAAAAUAGCAAAUUCAUCUGUCACUGAUCAUUAUGAAACGGUUAUAACCAGUUGAUUACAUAACGCAUCAAUUUUUCAGUUUGUUGAAGUUAGAAUUGUUACGUAGGUUAGAUCUAAUUUUAGCGCGCUCGUGUUUUUUUUUACGGAAUACAACGGUAUGAAAGGCGAUUGGAGAUAAAUGAGAACGAUAUAAUAGGUAUAUGAAUGGGACAAAGAAAGCGAAAGGAGCAAUGUACGGGAGUGAGAGACAGAUAGAAUAGGGGACAAACCAAAACAGAUGCGAGGUAUCGACUUUUUGAAAUUCCCCUCGGCAAUCCGUGAUGUUCAGGUAGAUUUCCACCUGGAUUAUCAGCAAAUCUGUCGAAUUGCAAGGCUGAUGAAACCAGAGAUACAAGAUUCAACCCGUUUGCAUCAUGCACGAUGAUAGAAGCACGUGCUAUUGACCUGAGACGUCCUGUCGAGGAAAAUGGAUGCGAAACUUGUUAAACAAAUUUUUCAUGGUAUCUAUCAUAUCCAGUGGCCGUGUACGAUAACAAAAAUGUUUGCUUUUAUGUCGCUUCGAAUAUGAAGAGUCGUCACUGGAAAGUUAAUACAUACGUACUUGACGAGGUUACGCCACUAUGCAUACGGAAAAAACGCUAUCUCAUUCACCAGUUAAGAUUUCCAUUCCAGAGUUAAAAUUUCUUGCUGUUCCAUCCUUGUCUCGAUCGUAUGCGAUACAGGCAAACGAUAUUUCUCGUGAACAGAGAUCGUAAACGAAGUCCCUGACCCGGACAUUAUUUUAAUAUAACGCUUAAACUUUGCAUUUGCAACUAAAAUCAUUAUUUAUCAUAACUACUUUCGUAGCUAUUUUCGUAUGGAUCGUACACAAUUUCCUCUUUCACCAAUUACAAGCAUUAUUACGUUACAGUGUUUGCGAUUUAAUUUUAUGUAUAUGGCAACACGAUGCAUUCUGCUAGUUCAAAUCUAUAAGCACGUUGCGAAAUUUGUCAGGAAUAUUAUUUAUAUAAUUUUAGAAAAAUUGACAACGAAAAUUUUUCCUUGUAAUGAAAAUUUCCAAUUGUAAAUAAAUUAUUGCCAAUUAAUGCCAAUUGAUAUGAGAAUGUUCCACGUGCGUAUUCUCACAGCGAGAAGGUUUUAACUUAUAAAUAAAAUUAUCAUUGAGCUUUCGUUAGCUUUGCCCUUCGAGUUAUUUCAUUUCCUGGUAAAAGCUGUCGCAGCCAAUUCUUGGAUAAAAAGCUCCGUUCUGUGUACACAGACUCGACACGGCUUAUCUGGAAUACCCGUUGAUAUAUAGCACAGGUGGCGGUGGGGGUAAGAUCGUUAUAAAAGCGGCGCGUAUCGGCUGUCGAGGUUAUUCGUGUUGAAACCUCGGUCGAGUUAUAGUGUCGGUACAUAUAAUUUUCACGGAAGCGAUCGUGAAAGUCUUUCACUGUUGCAUAAGAUUGUAUGGGGAAGACGACUCGUGCGUGCCGACGUACAGGUUCCCAGAAUCGAUCAGUGAAUCAGUGGAUCAUCAACGAAAGUGUACGCUACCUCUUAUAAACUGGCUAUCAAAAACGAGAAAAUUCCAACGUUCAGUGAAGUGUGCAAACGAGUCGCGCCAGGAAACGGCAAACUGAAAAGCAAUCAGAAACAGAUACUAAGAGAUAUGACGCGUUGCCAAAACUUACGCUGUACGAAACAAUCCUACGCAUCAUCUACGAUGACUGACAGUGGCAGUUUAUCAUGGAUCGAACAGAAAGAAAUGCCAAGAUGUCCUAGAAGUACAAUAACUUGCGGUAUGCUACCGACGUUAAGAGCCUUGGCAUCCAAGGAAUGCGAGAACAGCCAGGGUACUAUCUGCCUCGUGCCGUUCGACGCUAACAUGGAUUCCGCCAGUCAUCUACAGAUAAUACUAUUGGAAGCAUAUUGCCGCGAGACGGGGAUCAAGGUGUUGAGAGUAUCCAGAGAGAGAAUACGGGAUCAUCUAUGCCCUGGAAGCGGCGAUUUAUCCUGCGUUCUCAUCUCCAACGACGAUCCAUAUUUCUUAGAUACUCCGGAGUGAAUUUAAAACGUGUUAAUCUAUCAAGAACGAAUUCUUUUUCGACUGGAUGCAGUCACACAAUCGUAUGAAGCUCUGAACCUUCAAGAAGAGUCGUUGGAUGUUAGGAAGAUGACACACAGAGAUAGCAA